CACGAUUGUUACUUCCCAUGUGAAAUCGACAGGCGUUAAGAAAGGAGUAAAUUUAGAACUCGUAUAGACGGUUAAAAUGUUAGUCUUGAACGCGAACUCUAACAGUUAACACAGUGAAAGUAUUAGAAAUAAAAAAGCGUCCCCUACCGGCGUUUUUGACGUUUUUUUUAACGUUACACGAUUGUUUUAACGUGACAAAAUCCCGUCCGAAAUGGCUGAAACGAUAGAGGAGAGCUAUGAGACGGAAGUCCGGAGAAAAGUGGUUAGAACCAAGUUUAACAUUGAAGAAACGUCCACAAAAACCACCAAAACCACAAUGACCACCCCUGCAAAAUUAUAUGGAAAAGAUUUGAGUGUUUACGACGAUGUCGAUGUGGACGAGCUAUUGGAUAAAUUGACCGCAGAAGAAAUUAGUAUGUUAGCAAAAGAAGCAGAUCCGGAUGAUAGCUGUUUACCCCCUUCUUUAAGAACGAGUUAUGAAUGUGAAAAGGAUCCUACAGGUCCUUUGAAUAGGAAAAAAUUGAUAGAACAUAUUAAUAAGGAAGCUAUAGAAACUCCAGACAGGCCAGAAUUGGAGCCGUACGUUCCAGGAACAGUUCGAGGGAAAAAAUGGGUACCACCGCCUCCACCUUUGAAAGAACAAGAGGCCGAAGAACAAAUUGCAGUCGAUUUAGGAGACGAAUAUGAACAAGCAUUAACAGAUGCAUCACAAGAAGAAAUUAUAGACUUAGCUGCCAUCCUUGGUUUUCAUUCGAUGAUGAAUCAAGAUCAGUAUCAUGCAUCGCUUUUAAAUAAAGGACAACCGGUCGGAUUAGGUUGGGAUGGUAUUACAAAAGCUUCUAAACCUAAAUUAUAUCCUGUUGACCCUCCAAAUAUGACAGACCCCGAUGAAACAGUGAAAAAAGUCCAAGAUGACGACAGCAAAUUCAUCGAUUUAAAUUGGAACAACAUCAAGAAUAUAUCGGAUGAAAAACUCGACAGAUUAUUCGAGGCUUUAUGCACCAAUACGCACCUCGAAACGUUAUCGUUAGUGAACGUCGGUUUGGCUGAUAGACACGUGGAAAAAUUGGCGAGGGCCAUCGAAGAAAACGGUACUUUAAGGGUGAUUAAUGUAGAAACGAAUUUCAUAUCACCCCAAGGUACUGUCCGAUUGGUAAAGGCUCUGCUCAAGAAGAAGACUGUUGAAGAAUUUAGAGCUACCAAUCAGAGGUCGCAAGUUUUGGGUAACAAAAUAGAAAUGGAAAUCACCCAACUUAUCGAGAAAAACCCAACGAUAUUGAGGCUGGGGUUACAUUUAGAGUACAACGACGCCAGACAUCGUAUCGCUAAACAUUUACAAAGAAACAUCGAUACCAGUAAGUUUCUAUUUUUCAUAAAAACGGAAAUAUUUAAUUUUAUAGAAAAAUAUAUGAAAAUUUUCCCACGAGUCCCGUUAACAAGAUCAAAAUUGUCCCGUGACGUCACUAAACGAUAUAUAAAUAAAAAAAUCCUUCAUAUACUGAAUUUUUUUUAACAAUUCGAUAUAAAACUUUUUCUAAAACCAAUCGAUAGUUUGUAAUAUGAAUUUUUUUCUUUCAAAUUUUGUCUUGUUAUUGAUACGUUCAAUUAUGUUAUCAUCGAUAUAAAAUCCUCUCGAUGAUUUAUAGAACGUCGUCGCGUGAUGGCGAAAUAUCAAGUAACUUUAGGAAAAAAGGGAAACGCCAUGAAAAUUGUCCGUGCUGAUUAAUCUUUUAUUCGAUAGGUGAAGCUGUGAGUAUUUAAAUCGGAAAAACGCCGGGGGCGCGUAUUUUUAACUGUUAUUUUUUAAUUGAAAGAUGCGUCCAUCUCUACGUUUUAGUUUUCACUCGAUUUAAGUCAAUAUCCUACACGUUUAUAUUAAGAACGUUUAUCUCAACACUGACCUACCAAACUGUACCGGUGCUUCAUACCCUAUCUCAUACACUUUUCUAGAUACUUUUUGAAUAGAACAACAGUCUAGAUGUUUUCUGAUUCUUCCAGGACAAUUAUUCACGUUUCAAUCAGAAAUUUUGAGAAAAUUUCCCAACGUUUAUAUGUUUCAAACAUUCUAGAUUAUUCCUGAUUCUUCCAGGAUGAGUAUUCACUUUUCAAUUAGAAAUUUCGAGAAAAUUUCCAAAAGGUUAUAUGUUUCGAAUGUUAAGAUUAUUCCUGAUUCUUCCAGGACAAGUAUUCACUUUUCAACUAGAAAUUUCUAGAAUAUCCCCUUAUUUCGAACAUUCCAGAUUCUUCUGGGACCAUUAUUGACAUUGUAUCUUGAAAUUUCUAGAAAAUGUGUGCGGUUUUUUGCAUAAACUUGUCUAUACAUAAAAUAAAAUUUGUGAAGGAAUUUCGAUUAGUUUUUACCAAAAAUUGACGUUCGAGAUCCUCAUUUUCAUCGUGUCACUAAAACAGUUUCUUCAGAACACAAAAAUUAAAUCCUAGCGACUUUUCAAACACUUCCCCUUUAUCCUUUUUACCAAGCUCAAAAUAAAAUCGAUAAAGAUGAUGUUAACGUAGUUAAUGGCAGAUCAAAAUACUACCCCGGCGUUUUUUUCCCCGAUUUGUACAAUGUGUUCGUGGUUAGGUGUAUUUUUAUUUUUUACUUCAGUUGCUCUAUAUUCUAACGCUUAUUUAAAUAUAUAGUUAUAUACAAACCAGUCUAUAGACGAUGCUGGAUAUUCUCCAUACAUAUUCACACUACCCACUUUUAUGUAAAAAAUAAAAUUACACAGACCGGAAACCUAAAAAAUUUGAGGUUAGAAAGUUCGAAAUGCUUCCGCGAACGUCAAAAUGUCAAUAAGAAGCUCAUAACCUCUUCGAGUACUCAUUUUACACCAACAGAUUGGCAAAUGUCAUCACAUCCUGUGGUAAAGUAGUAAAGAUGUCAAUAAGAGGCUCAUAACCUCUUCGAGUACUCAUUUUACACUAUCAACUUGGCAUAUGUCAUCACGUCCUGUGGUAAAAUGCCAACAUGGUGCUCAUAACCUCAAUGAGUACUGAUUCUGCGCCAUCACUUUGGUAGUUAUUAUUUUCUAUGUCAAAAUGUCAAUAAGAAGCUCAUAGCCUCUUCGAGUACUCAUUUUACACUAUCAACUUGGCAUAUGUCAUCACGUCCUGUGGUAAAAUGCCAACAUGGUGCUCAUAACCUCAAUGAGUACUGAUUCUGCGCCAUCACUUUGGUAGUUAUUAUUUUCUAUGUCAAAAUGUCAAUAAGAAGCUCAUAGCCUCUUCGAGUACUCAUUUACACCAUCAGCUUGGCAUAAGUCAUCAUAUCUUAGGUUAAGUUGUAGAACGCGCGAAAAAAUUGAAAAAGAAGAAGCAUUCGUUUCUGUCCUUUUAAUUUUUCGAAAAACAAUCAUAAGUCACAACUUUUUCCAUUUUUCCUUAUCUAUAUUUUUUGAGUCAACGUUUUAGGUGUUUUAUAGUUAUCGAUAUCGAUAUAUUGUUAAGAGGUGUGAUUGAAAAAUAUAGUGAUCAAUUUUAUUAAAAAAUAAAAUAAAUAAUUAAUUGUUUUCGACAUACAUCUCUGAGCUAGCAAUGCUCUCAUCCCAAAAUUGUAUUUAACUCUGAAAGCCUUUCUGAAAGACUUCUUUCGGAAUAGUCUUGGCCAUUUCUUUGACAAGAUUGGUCCAAUUUUAGGUAGGUGUUGUUUUGUCCACUUUUUGUAUCUAUUUUGUGUUUAACAGCUUCUCAUUCUUAAUUGACUCAUUUCCACUUAACGUGAAAAGUCUUCAAAGGUUACUGCGUUAUCACCAUAGAUAAAUUUUAACAUUUCGUAAGUUUCUAUAGUUGUUUUUCGACACAAUUUAAUGCGUUGGUCUAAAUUUAUGUUCCACGACAGUCAUUGCAAUCCACUAAUGCGACUGCCCAGUUGAAAACAUGCUCAAACUUAUCAUUUGUCAUCUCAAUAUAUAAAGUUGUAGAUCAUUAAUAAUGACUGUAUUUUUUUAUCACACCUCGUAUUUCAUUUCAUAGAAACACUGAUGCAAUACGUUUUUUUUUCUUUGUUCGACAGUACGAAAAGACUUGAAAUUGCGACUGCAGUUCAGGUUUUUUAACCAUAGAAAAA